CAUUGUGCUAUUCUUUGCCAAAGACAGUUAGUUUUAAAACUAACAUACUUUAUGAAUAUAAAUACAGAUAGACUAUAUUCAAGUGUUAUUUGCAUUGACCAAUAUCUGACGGAACAAUCAGAGUAAUGAAUGCUUGUCUGCUAGUAUAACCUAUAGCAAAAUAUUAUGAAUAUGAGCUAAAAGAGUCAUACAAUGUGACAUUUGAAAGAGUAAACAACUGCCAGUACGUCGCUAUAUACAAAAGUUGUUCCCCAUAUGCAAGAGAAAAGAUGGGUCAACAGGUCAGCGUAGAAACAUUAUCGUCAUCGCCUGACAGUGAGGGGCAUAAAUAUUGGGCCAGUUUCGACCCCUAUCCGUUCAAAAUAGGCGCCAGGAAGUUGGCCUAUAUGGGCAUUCUGAACGGGGACGGACCAUUGCGGGGAGAAAAGUGUGUCGUAAAAACUGUGCGCGCCGGAAGUAUAAAUCGCAGAUACUGGCUUUUAGAAUCGAAGACAGCAAAAAUCUCAAGAGCGCUUGCUGGGUAUUAUAAUAAAAUCAUCCCACCAGGUGGACGCCAAAUUACUUUCAAUUAUCCAAUCAUAGCAGAGAUCGACACCGUCUCCGACUGUUUGUGCAUUAACGACAUUCUCAGUAAACCAAAGAAAAAGUUUGCAGAGUCGGAAUUUGUUUCGAUUGAACUUUAUUUGAAAGGAAAAUUUGAAGUGUUUGAAUAUGGAUGGGUUCCCGAGUCGGAGCUGUUCGUAUCUGAAGCCUUUAGUCAUUUUUCUUGGUGCCGAAGUGAGGGGACUUUGCUGAUUUCAAAUCUCCAAGGUGUCAAAACACCUUUUGCAUAUCACUUUACGGGACCCACAAUUCACUCUGAGGAUAGCGAGUAUGGACAAUCAGACCAGGGUAUUAAUGGUAUAAAAGAGUUUUUCAAACUUCAUCAGUGCAACAAUGUGUGUAAAAACUGGCCUAGGUUUGGAGACGGUGUUGAUCUUAGAGGUUGGGGUGAGUAUAUAGGACUUCCGCUUGUUGAACGCCGCCCGAGCGCUCCUCCCCCGGAUCUGGCGAAUACUGUACCAUUAUCUCCUCCACCCUAUGUAGAGGAAGCGGAAGCUUAUCCCGUUUCACAAGCCAGGACAGGUUUUCGACAAAGGCCAACACUCACUGAGUACGGACCGUUAUCACCACCGGUGCAGCCAUGGCGCGAAUCACAAGGACCAAUGGUGGAUUGGCGAGAGGAGUUUUUCAACCAGCAAAUGACGUUGAGUGCCCGUUACGGUAGCGACAACACUGGCUAUCAACAAGAUGGCGCCGUGGCUACGCGACAGCUGCUCUUGUUUGUAAGGCAGAUGAGCUACGCCGUGUACGCUGCACCUCCACCGGCAUAUUGCGGCUGCCAGGGCUUUCCAUCACAGCUUGAAAAAACAAGCCCACAUUACAGUUUUGGCAAUGAAACGCCUUACAGUGUUUGCAAUGGUCCGCCUUACGGUAUUGACAAUUGCCCACCUUACAGUAGUGGCAAUAGUCAGUGCAUUGCAGGUGUUAAUGGGGUCGUUGGGAAUGCGUUUAACUCCAGACAAGGCCAACAUGGGAGGGCGAACAACAACAGAUACAUUAGCCCAGAUUUAGAGGACCGGAAGUGUCUUCUGCCCCCACCAUAUACGGAAGAGAACGUGAAUCCGAACUGUGAAUUUGUGACUUAUCUAUAAAUACUAAAUAGUAUUAUGAACAUGAAAACACAAAUUGCAUUUUGUAAAGUUGUGUUCGUUGUUUUCUUGUAAAUAUCAUGUAUAUACUGUUCAAUUUUGAAUUUUAGAGGAGAUAUAUUUUUCUGAUAAAUUGAAAUCAUAAAGUCCACAAAACAGUAACUGCUAGAACAUGUCAUGCACGUCAGGUGUAUUAGACUAGCCAUUCUCCGAUGACCACUUGUUUCCAUGCUUGUGUAAGAAAAAAUGUUCUAAGAUAUAUGACAGCUGUUGAAUUGAAAUAUUUUUAUCCAUAGCCGAUUUGAAUAAGUGCGUCACCGAACUUGUAAUAACGUUAUAUAACUGUCCGUUAUUUCCAUUUCUUCAAAAUAACAAUG